AUGGUGGUGACUUUGGUUCAAUUACUGAUACCUUUAAGAGCUGUAAAUGAUCUAAAUAAAGGCUUGGAACCAUUAACAGUUCAUGCAUUAAGGCUUGUUAAACUUACACAAUGUAUCUCUGCUGUCAUGAAAUUCAAUGAAUCUGGAGAAACUAUUCUUCAUAACCCUAUCAUGAAUAAAUUUUUUCAAUUUGUGUUUAUAACUGAUUUUGCAAAUGAAGUUGCUGAAAAUACACAAAUGACAAGUCCUGAAAUGGUUAUAAUUUCUUGGAAUGAUGCUGGUGCUAUCAUUGAAGAUACCUCAAUUUCUUCAACUGAUCAAAUAUUUUAG